GCCCGUCUUGAGACUGCUCCCCCAGUACAGUGUCCCCGGCCCUCCCUUCUUCCUUCUGCUUUAGCUUAGCCUUCACUUCAUAUCCUGCUGUCACCCGAGGUGGUGUUAGUGUUGGCAGGGGUGUGGGUGACCCUAACAGACAAGACGAGACGCCCUGCAGGAUGUCAGACUCUCUGGUCGUGUGUGAUGUUGACCCAGAACUUAAGGAGAAGUUAAAGAAGUUCCGCUUCCGCAAGGAGACGAACAAUGCUGCCAUCCUUAUGAAGAUUGACAAGGACAAACAACUGGUGACUUUGGAAGAAGAGUUUGAGGACAUUUCUCCAGAUGAUCUGCAGAAUGAGCUUCCUGAACGCCAGCCCAGGUUUCUGGUGUAUAGUUAUAAGUAUGUGCAUAAUGAUGGUCGUGUCUCCUACCCUCUCUGCUUCAUCUUCUCCAGCCCUGUAGGAUGUAAACCGGAGCAGCAAAUGAUGUAUGCAGGGAGCAAGAACCGUCUGGUACAAACGGCAGAACUUACCAAGGUCUUUGAGAUCAGAAACACCAGUGAUCUGACUGAGGAGUGGCUGAAGGAACGUCUGUCAUUCUUCCGAUGAAUAGGCUCCAAAGAGGGAUACCAGUGACUGUAGCAAUUUAAUGAAGAUAAUAUAUUUGCCACGGAUGCUUUAAUACCCAGUUUACUGUAUUGUUGGGUAGAGUUGUCAUUCAACAACAUGCUGUGGCCCCUGGCUCUUCUCAUGUGAAACUUUUACUGGAAUUAAAUUUCACUUCUACAAGGA